AUGGGAGCCUGCAAUGACUUUGAUAUUGUAAUCAAGGGGGCGGGUGGUCACGCUUCUCAGCCUGAGCUUUGCAUUGACCCCAUCGUGGUCGCCGCUCAUGUAGUGACAAGCCUGCAGACGAUUGUGUCGCGCCGCAUCGGCGCUCUGAAGGCUCCCGUGCUGAGCAUCUCUACGUUUCACGGUGGGACUGGCAGCUACAACGUGAUCCCCGACACUGUACACUUACGAGGCACCCUGCGCUGCCUGGACCGCGACGUUCAAGCACGUGUUCCUGGAAUGGUAGAGGAAAUUGUCGCUGGCGUGGCGAAGGCGCACGGUGCCCAACAUGAGGUGAGUUGGCUGGAGCCUAACAUCGUAACGUACAACGAUCCAGCAGCUUAUGAAGUUGUGAAGUGUGUUGCAAAACGUGUAGUUGGGGGUGCUUCUUUUGAGGAGCUUCAGACAGCGCUGAUGGGCGUUGCGGAUUUCUCGGAGUAUGCUGCAAAGGUGCCAGGCUGUCUGUUCUGGCUUGGGGUGGGGGAAGAUGCCAAGGAUUCGGCAAACAGCCAUAAUUAUAGUUCACGGUUUCACAUGAACGAGGCAGCCAUGGAAGAAGGUGUGAAGAUGUUUGUAGGGUUGUUGGCCACACUGUCAAUGUCAGGUGGCUCUUUGGCUGGCUAG